AAACAUGGUGGAGCAUUUAGCAGCUAAAGAGCCAGAUAUUUCCCUCAGGAGUCGGUGGAGACCAAACUAGAGCUGCUGCAAAGCAGAGGAGCUGUGGUCGACCACCAGCUGCUGGUUUUUCAUCUAAAUGGGAUAAAAAGGAGGAUGUUUCCUACAGCGUCAUCUCCUGGAUUUGAAUUCUUCACAUACUCAAAUUGAUGGAGUGAAAACUAAAUUUUGAGAUUUGGGUUUUCAAAAGAUUUUCCCUUUUUCACACACGCAUACUGCAGGGUGACGCAUUUAUUGAGGAAAAAAUAACUCCCCUCUACAUUAAGAAGCCUGAGCAGGCAGGAACAGGCAAAGCUCAAUUGCCAAGAUCUCACUGAACAGAAUGGAUACAGACAAGAAAAACACGACUCUAAGAGAAGGAUUCCUGGUGAAAAGGGGUCAUCUCGUGCACAACUGGAAGGCACGUUGGUUCGUGUUGAUGCCAGACAAGCUGCUGUAUUACAAGUACGAAGGAGGCAAAAGGGACUCCUGUCAGCGAGGGAAAAUCCUUCUGAAGGACUGUGAGAUAACUUGUCCUUUUCUGGACUAUGAAAAUCGACCGUUGGUGUUCAAGCUCCAGACAAAGAACGGGGUGGAUCAUUUUUUGGAGGCUUGUUCCCGGGAAGAGAGAGAUGACUGGGCUGGUGACAUCACCGCCGCGGUCGACAAUCUGCGGACGGCUGAAGGUGGGAAGGUGAAAAACCAGCAAGACCCCGCCAAAUCCCAGUUACACGACAUCAACCUGAGCAAAGUGUUGGACUCCAUGUAUGACGUCCACAGUGGCAUCAACAUGAGCAACCAUGUGGAGCAGGGCAGCACCUACAGCAACUGUUUCUCAGGUUCAGCAGUGGUGGACUGGAUGGUGUUCAUGCAGCUGACUCUGACCCGUGUGGAGGCCAUGACGCUGGCCUCGGCCCUGCUGGAGGAGGGUUUCCUGCGGACCGUUGGUCUGAAGAGCGUGGCGGCUCUCCGCACCGCUGGCCUCAGCGAGUUGUUCUUGGAUGACUCUACUGCUCUCUACAGCUUUGCUGACAGCUUAAAGAAGAGAGGAAGCGUGAAGGCAGAGUCGUCGCGGUCUGCAGUGGAGCUCAGUGGAAAAGUGAUCAAGAGAGGAUAUCUACUUAAACAGGGACACAGGAGGAAGAACUGGAAGGUUCGACUGUUUGUGCUGCGUUCAGAGCCUGCUUACCUUCACUAUUACGAUCCCACCAAGGAUGACAUCAGCCCCGCUGGCGGCUUCUCACUGCGAGCCUGUCUGGUGUCUUCUCUGGACGACAACGGAGUUCCCUCAGGUGUGAAAGGCAACAUUCAAGGCAACUUGUUUAAAAUCAUCACUCAGUCAGACACACAUUACUUCAUGCAGGCUCCGACCAACCAGCAGAAGAUGGACUGGAUCGAUGCGAUCAGAGAGCAGACAUAGAGCAGCAAGUUCACACUUCACUCUUUAACAUUAUCAACUCGUUUACCAGCUAUGAAGAAGAAAGAUUUACACAUUCCAUGAAUGUUUACUGUAGCAAUUAAAAUGAAAGUGUUAGUGGUCACAAUACAUUUCUGUUCAUUUAUCUCUACAAUACCAGUACUUUCACUUUAAUUAUUCUGUAUUUAGAAAGUUAAAGGAUUUAAAGGCUUUUAAAAGCCCAACAGUCGUAGCAGUUUCUCUUUUAAUCAUUCAGUUUAAGUUAAAAGUUUGCAUGUGUUUUACAAGAUUUUUUUCAUUAUUAAACCAUAAAUCAUGA